UUGAAAACAGAGCAAAAAAAUGUUGCUGUAAAAUGUUUGUGUUUUGACAUAUCAUUCAAAGCUUUCUGUGUUUUAACAUAAUUCUUUAUUUUGUCUUCGAAUUAAAAUAAGUUUUCAUUCAUUAAAAUGAGCUUAUAUGACCAGCUAAAGCUUCUUUAUGACCAAGGGUUGUAUAGUAAUGUGGCUACUCUGGCGAGUAUGAUCUUGACUGUUGGUGAAAACACCCCAGAAAUGUUGACCUUUACCAUGAAAUAUCAAACUCUUGUUUAUUAUGCAGAUUCAUUGGUUUCUUUGAAAGAGUACAAGAAAGCUGAGUCCUUGUACAGAAAAGCACUACAGUUAAAGAAAUCUCUUGCAAAGAAUAAAGGAAAAACACAGCCAUUUCCUCAAGGGGAAGUUACCUCAGAAGUUGAUGUUAAAUUCAAAGCGCACCAGUGUCUUGUGAAUUUGAAACAGUAUCCUCAAGCAAUUGCUUUGCUUGAAACUAUAUCUGCAAAACAAAGAACUCCCAGUGUCAACAUGGCUUUAGCCAAAUUGUACCAUCAGAACGGCAUGGAAAGAUCUGCCAUUACUAGUUAUAAAGAAGUUUUAAAGGAAUGCCCAUUUGCUGUUGAAGCUGCUGAGGGACUUCUGACUUUAGGAGUGAAAGUUACAGAAGUAAUAGCUUUAAUGUUUAGUGGACCCGUUAAUGUUGUGAACAUAGAUUGGUUAUCGAUUUGGAUUAGAGGACAAGCUCAUUUCCAUUCAAGAGAAUUACUUCAAGCAAUUUCUCUCUUUAAGCAGCUGGAUAUGAAGUCACCUCUAAGAGAUAAUCUUGAUGUCUUAAUCGCACUUGGAGAAGCUUAUUACUAUCAUGGUGAUUAUCAGAAUGCCUUGUGUUUUCUAGAGCGAGCUUACUGCUCUGACCCAUUAUCAGUGAAAGGAAUGGAUGUGUAUGCUGCGUUAUUAGCUAAAGAAAAAAAACUCAAGGAAUUGGAAAGCUUGACAGCUCAUCUAAUUUCAAUUAAUGAUGCUGUACCUGAACCAUGGAUUGCUAUGGCUUACUUUUGCUAUGCAACAAAGAAAGGAACUAAAGCAGUUAAUUUUGCUCAAAAGGCGUGUGUAUUGAAUCCUCGCCAUGUUGAAGCAUUAUUGUUGAAAGGUACUGUUCUCCUGGAGUUGAAAAGAAUUCAAGAUGCCAUUAGUAAUUUUGUUGAAGCUAGUAAAAUUGCUCCAUACCGAUAUGAAGUUCAUAAAGGGAUGGUUGAUGGCUACUUAGCACUUCACAGAACAAGAGAAGCUAUUGUUGUAGCAAGUACUGCUUGUAAACAACUUGGCCAAAAUGCAAGAGCUCUUACCCUGUACGCUUCUGUUCUAAUGAAGGAUCCAUUGAAUACUGUUAAAGCAAAAGCGAAAUCAUUGUUAGAAAAAGCUUUAAAACAAGAUCCCACUUACUUGAACGCUGUGUAUUUACUUGCUGCUAUAUAUGAGCAAGAAAGAUUAUAUGAAAAAGGAAUUGAGCUGUUGAAAAGGCAAAUGGAACAGCAGACUUCUUGUAGACUUCAUCAAAUGCUUGGAGAUUUCUUAGCUAGAACAAAUGAGCAUGAAAAGGCAUUGCAUCACUUCAGCAUAGCAUUAAAUAUGGAUCCGUCAAAUCGUAAGGCUGUUGAAGGAAGUCAGAGGGUUGAACAAAAUCCAGAAUCUUCUGAGAGCUUUGAAGUAGAUGAUAUACCAGAUUCUGAAAAUGAGGGUGAUCUUGAAGAGAGUGAAGUGGAAGCUGUUUGGUCUGAUGCUGAUUAUACAUGAAGCAUUCUGAAGACUGUCUUUGUAAAUAUGAAAUAGAAUAUAAAAUCAUUUUAUUAUGUAAAGCAUUCAAAAAUAAAUAUGUUCAU